AUGACGACCCCGAACAACCUGAACACCGACCCGCUCGUGCUCACGAACGAGGGGAACAACUUCAGCAACAGUAACGUCGCGCAGCCAAACGGCAACGGAAGUGCCAGCGGGCCGACCGUAUCCGAACACGCUGUCAACGCAAAGAACAGCCUAUUGAACUGUAAGCUAACCAACAAAACCAGUCUUAUCGCACUGUGCCCACGCACGCAAUCCGCAACACUCCCUAACAGCCUCACAGCAGCGUCUUCAGCAAUGUCUGCCGUUAACAACCACCCCGCUACCCAAAACUUCAAGGACACAGUUGCCAAUGGCCCUGUGGCACAGAAAGCGAAGGCUGAGGCAUCAGCGACACAGAACGAGUUCGCAGAUCUCGCAAACUCACGCCAGACGCCCGGCCAGCCCGCCGCUACCGGCCAGCCCUUGACACACUACCACAGCCUGUUCUACCGCCUACUCAGCUGGAGGAACCCUCGCGCGACCGGCCUUACCUUCGCCGCAGUUGUCGCCUUCAUCUUCGCCGCCCGCUACCUCAAUGUUUUCCGAUACAUUCUUAAGGCUGUGUGGGUGACUCUGGGUAUCACGGCUGCCGCGGAGGUUGGUGGACAACUCACCAUCGGCAAGGGCCUUACGUCCCAGUUCCGCCCGCGUCAGUACUUUACCGUCCAGAAGGCCUCGCUUGAGCGUUUCACCGAAGACAUCGAGCAGUUCAUCAACUUCUUUGUCAUCGAGUCCCAGCGCAUCGUCUUCGCCGAGAAUGUGUACACCACUAUCGCUGCCUUUUUUGCUUCGUUGACUACCUACUUCCUGAUCAAGUUCGUCCCGCUCUGGGGUCUUGCCCUCAUUGCCACCAACGUCGCGUUCCUCGGUCCUCUCAUCUACAUUCAGAACAAGGAGGUUAUUGACGCUCAGCUCGAGAAGGGCUACCACAUUGCCAACCAGCAGGCGACCCAGCUUCGUGACCUAGCCGCCGAGCACACUGGUAACGCGACUGCAUCCAUCAAGGGAAUGACUCAGCAAUACACCAACAAGGCACAAGAGACGAUCAACCAGUACCGUGGCCGCUCGUCUUCUCCGGAGGUCAAGCGUGAGGAUUUCCCCGCUGCACCGAAGGACGAGCCCGUGGCCGUAACCACGAAGGAGCCUAUCGCACCUAAGCCUGUUGCCGAGCCUGCCCUCUAA